ACACGUGACAGUGACAUUGACAGCUAACAUCUCAUGUUGAAAUUGUCGAAUGCAGUGAGCACCAUGGCGCCCGGAAAGAACCAGAACAAAAAUCGCAGUAAACGGUCCAACCAACAUACGGAAAGAGACUAUGCAGAGAGACUAAAUGAGCUCACUGUAGCGUCGUCAGAAGAUAGCAGCGAUGGCAGCAGCUCUGACGGAGAAGGAACUGAGGCAUCCUUUACAGUAGCCAUGUGGGAUUUAAAUCACUGUGAUCCAAAGAAAUGCUCCGGAAGAAAACUUCUCCGACACAAUAUAAUAAAAAACUUAAAACUAGGGCAGCGGUUUCCAGGACUAGUGCUAUCUCCAGUUGGUACCCAAUGUGUCAGUCCUAAUGACAAGGAUAUUAUUGAAAAAUCUGGACUCGCAGUUAUUGACUGUUCAUGGGCUAAAAUUGACGAAACACCUUUUGGUAGGAUGAAAUCACCUCACCCCCGGUUGUUGCCAUUUUUAGUCGCAGCUAAUCCUAUAAAUUAUGGUAAACCAUACCAACUGAGUUGUGUGGAGGCAUUGGCAGCUGCUAUGUAUAUAACAGGACACAAAAAGGAGGCACAGUUUUACCUUUCUAAGUUUUCAUGGGGUCAUUCAUUAGAACUUAAUAAUGAAGCAUUAGAUCUGUAUGCUGCUUGUACAGACAGUAAAAGUGUUCUGGAAGCGCAGGCAAAAUAUCUGGAGUCUGCUCAAAAGGAAAAAGACACAAGACCUAUGUGGCCUCCCAGCGAUAGUGAAACAGAGUCAGAGGAGGACAGCUAGGACUAAAAUAUUAAUCUCGAAAGAUUGUUAAUUAAUUAUACCUAUUGUAACAAUU